CGGCGCGCGCCCCGGGAUGGCGGCGGCGGGGCUGGGCCGGGGCCCGCUGUUGCUGCGCUGCCGCUCCUGGCGCGGUUUCGCCUCUCAGACGGACGGGGAGUCGCGCCUGGCGCGGGUGCUGCGGGAGAAGUUCCCGCGGGCAUCGGCCAUCAAGGUGGUGGAUAUCUCAGGAGGCUGUGGUGCCAUGUACGAAAUCCACAUCGAGUCCGAGGAGUUCCGGGAGAAGCGCGUGGUGCAGCAGCACCAGAUGGUGAACCAGGCCCUGAGCGAGGAGAUCAAGCACAUGCACGGCCUGCGCAUCUUCACCUCGGCCCCCAAGCCCUGAGGCUGCUCCCAGCACCAAUAAAGUGCUCCAGGAGGGGCCCAGGGCUGCCCCCCUGGGUGUGAAUCCCA